CAGCAGCUAGCAAAAAGAUGCCCAUCUUUUCAAAGAAUAAUAAUAAGCAUAAAAUAUAAGGCUACAAGAGAAGAUGGGUUCUUCCAGCCUUUGCUGCUGGAAUGAAUAUUACCCCUCCCUCCCACUUGCCACCAACUUACAUAUAUGCCAGAGAAAUGGAUUCUCCAUUGUUUGUUUGUUUGUAUUUAUUUAUGAUAACCAGUAAUUAAUUACAUUGAUAUCCUACCCAGUCUGACUAGUAACUAAUAAAAAAAUCUAUACAUAAACAUUUAAUUAAUCUUAGUUUUGGUAAAGCUUUGGGAAAUGUUAGAGAGUCUGCUGUUGUUGUUUAAUUAGUUUAGUGUGCUAGCUAGCUGCAGAAUCCAACCACCCCCACUAACACCAUUUUCAUAAGACGUUAAGCAAAUUGUAUUAUGUAAUCUGUGUCCUGCAGUCUGUCUGUCUGACUGUCAUGGCCCUCCUUUUUGUGGUGCAUCGCCAUAACCAAUGCAGCCUGCAGAAACGAAAAUCCAACCACUACUCCUCCCACCAUUUGAAUGCUCUUUAUUUAAUUAAUCAUCUGUUGGCCGUGAAGUUACCAAUAUCAAGCUGCCAACCCAGAUGUGAUUAUGUCUGUGCAUAUAUAUGAAUGAAUGACAUGAAAGAUAGUGCAGCCAAAACCCUAAUGCAUAAUUCAUCGCAUGGAAGAAGAACCAGUAGUACUUGAAAUUAUAUAUCAUGCAUCUUAAAUCAUGUGCAAAUUAAGUCCUGGAAAAAAGUCUAAUCAUGAACCAGUAAUUGCAAAAGGGUCUCUUCUGAUCUGGAGGGUUUCCUUUUUGAAGCACAGUGUGAUAGAAUGUGUAUAAUUCAUUAUAAGCACAGAGAUACAGAUUCAUACUAAUGAUUAACCCCAUAGGCUAUAUAGCAAGGUAAAAAAAAAAAAGCAAUGAUGAGAAGCAUGAGGGAAACAGAAACUAACUUUGUGUCUUACACACAAAAUCUGUAGGUAGAGUCAAAAUGGUUCAUCAUUAUACCAAUCAACCUUUGCUUUCUAAAUCACCAACACCUACACAUCGGAUCUGCCAGCAGUUCAUGAAUUACAUUGUUUGACUAAUAUCAUAUCCAAGAGAGAGAGAGAGAGAGAGAAUUAUACCCUGGAAAAGAUAACAAUGGCGAUGGAAGGGUGAAACAGAAGGAGAUCGAGUAGUGUGGAAGCAAGGGUGAUUGAGGGGAAUGAAGCCUGGUCCGAGGGCCAUUUACCUUAACCAGCUGCUACCCAUUUUUGAGAUCUGGGAGCUAGCUAGCUCAUAGUGCCUUGGACCAGACAACGUUCCCCACAAAACACAAAGCUUCUUCUUCUUCGUUCUUCUUUUUUUCUCCCUCCACCCUGCUCCAUGGAUCGUUUUCUCUCUUUUUUGGUUACCCUUUUUUGGCGGUACAGAGAAAAGUAAAGGCACAGAAACCAUAAAGAAGGGAUGAAGAGGAAGAGGAAGAGGAAGAAGGUGGAGGUGUGGAGGGGUCGGGAGCCAGCUUGCCUUUGCACUAUUUGCUCCCUCCCUCCCUCUCAUGGCCGGCCAUUUAUUUAUAUAUAAAAAAAUGCCGGCAGGCAUAUAUCCCUCGAGUAAACAGCCAACAACCAGCAGACACUCCACAAUUAAUUAAUUAAGGUGAUAUAUAUAGUUAGACCCAGAAAGAAAGAAAGAAGAAGCAAAAACUUAUUAUUGGAGUGUCGAAAUCAGAGGUAUCUCCAUUAUUACGAUAUUGUCCGCUUUAUUUCAAGUCCGUAUGAGGGAAUUAUGUCCGGGUGUCUGUGUAAUGGACACUUAUAUAUAAUGAUACUUUCUCUUUUAUUAUUGUUUGUGGUACUUGGGAUUGUUGAUUUUAGUAUAGUAUGAAGUUGUUGAACCCUGAUUUCGACUUGAAAUAUCCCACAACUAACUUUUGUGAUUACAACAUGUCCAAUACGAUGUUAUCGUCUUUGUUUCACACACUGAUGAACUAUAAUAUAAAUGAAACAUUAAUUUAAUAUCGUUCAGACUAGAAGAAGAAGAAAAAAUAAUGAUUAUUAACCACCAAUAGAUUUUGAUAAUAUACACGGUUAAUUAAGCUAGAAAGUGACGAGUAUACUUGUGAGAUGGUGUGCCCGAAAUACAACUUUUGUGACCACAGCUAGCAAAAUUAUGGUGUUAAAGACAGAAUGGUUCGGUUGCAACUCUAGAUUCCAGUUCGAGCCAUUGGAUUCUAUUAAGCUAAACAUUUCAACCAAACAAAAAUGUAUAUAACUCGGCCACAUGAACAACUCAAAUUUGAUCAGCUUUCGUAACGAAGUUCAUGAUAAUUCUUAUUGUAUGGCUCCUUUUUUUGAAAUUGCUAAUUUUUUUUGUGACAGCAUAUACUAAUUUUGAACUGCUUCAUGUGUUCUGCCAAUUUGAAUUGUUUUAUCCAACUCAAAUAUUUAUUACAGCUUACAAAGUACUAGGUAACUAGACCAAAUGAUCCAUUCUAACCUUACACCAAAAAAAUUUGACACAUCCAACCAGAUUUGUUACAGUUAUAAGGAUCCCUCCAUAUCAAAAUUAGCCAACUAGUUGCCCAACAAAACAAAAGUAUCGGGCCGAAUACCCAAACUGUCAGCCCAAUAGUGAUCGGGCCUGGAGCAUUUUGAAGCCCACAAUCCAACAUUAACCACUAGGAUGCGAGGCCCGUAUUAUAAGCCCAAAAUAAAUAUUGGAAAGAGAUACUGACAGCUCUGCUAAAUUUGACUGUCUGUAACCAAAUCCCAACUCAUAACUCAAUCAAUGUUUGGUGAGAGAGACAGAUCAUCACACCCUCCCCUCUUAAUUACAUGCCAAAGUCAAACUGACUAAUAACUUAACCCUCAUUAAGUUCCACUUCCCAACAAUUAGUUGCAUUAAUCAAAUUAAAAAAGCAAUUUAGGUUCCGUUUUAGUCCCCCGAAAACAAAGCCAUUCCCACAAACCAAUUCCUCUCUUUCUCCCUGCCUCAAAAAAAUCCAAAAAACCACAAAAAAAAAUACUGUUCCUUCUCUCUCUGUUUUCCUCUUCUAAUUAACGGCGUACCGGCCUGAACACGUCGCCGGCCGGGGAAUUGGGCGGGGAGAGGAGGCGACACAAAACAAAGGAGAGUAUAUCUCAUCUCCCUUCUUCCUCCCCCCUCCGGCCACCACCACCACCACCACCGUGACAUGAAACCCACUCAUCUCCUUACAUUUCCAUGCAUUUACCCAAAUCCCAAUCUCCAUCAUCUUCCUCCUCGUCAACAGCUCGGCAAUCAUCACGGCCACCGGAGGUAGCCAUAUUCAGCACCACGCGCCGUCGCCAUUCCCAUUGCCACUACCACCGACACCACCAUCACCACCUCUUAUAGCUGUCAUUCUCAUCAUCCACCGCAUCUCCUCCCCCACAACAACAAAAAGGGGGGAGAAAUUGAGAUUGAAAAAUCAAUUCUCGAUUCGAGCUCACAAAUGCCAUGGUAGACAACCCACCACCGCCAUUCCUCGAAUUCCUCGUGGAUUUGGUCACCCUCUUCUCAAUCUUCGCCAUCCUCCUCCUCUCCCUCGUCUCCCUCCUCCUAAUCCUCCACCUCUACCUCAAAUCCUCCACCACCGCCGCCUCCUCCCCGUCCCGCCGCCACCUCCGGAGCUUCAAUUCCCUCUGGGCCGUCAGAUCCCUGCUCGUCCUCUUCGUCGCCCUCUGGGCUUUCACCGAGCUCCUCGUCAUCCCGUCCUUCCGCCGCCGCUACCUCGCCCCCUUUUUACCCAAAUCCCUAACAAUCCCGCAGCAGAUCUGCCUCUGCCGCCUCCACGUCACCCUCUCCCUCGGCCUCUUCCAGCCCGGCUUCCUCGUCGCCCUGCUCUACCUCGUCAAGAUCUCCGUCAAGAAGAGCACGCCGCGCGGAUCUCGGGCAAUCCUCUCCAUCGCCGCCACCUGCUUGCCCGUCCUCCUCCUCCAGCUCGUCUUCAUCUUCGGCGCCUCCUCCGGCCUCUUCCGCCUGCCGCCCUUCUUCAACCGCAGCUACCUCCUCCCCCGCACCGUCCUUACCCCCAACAACAAGAUCCCCAUCGCCGCCGCCGCCCACGGAAACGACGCCGUCCUCUGCCUCUACCCGCUGAUGAGCUGCGUCGUCUUCGGCUCCUUCGUCGUCUGGUACCUCGCGGCGUUCUCGAUCUCCUGCUUCAAGGCGCUGACCCUGGUCAUCAAUAAAGGGCUGAGGUUGCGGCUCUACGGAUUGACCCUCGUCGUGAUGAUCACCUUGCCUUUGCAGCUCGUCUGCCUCGGGUUCUCCGUCUUGUGGACCCCGCGGGACGAGCCGUACGCCGUGCUGUCGCUGUUCAUCUUCCUCGCGGCCUUCGUCAUGGCGGCGGCUGGGGAAGGGAUCCUGGUGAUUCGGCCGAUCGCCGAUUCGUUGGCUGCCGAUCAGGAGAUUCAAUUGGGGUCUGGUCGGGCGAUUCAGCUGGGUUCGAGCCAGGCGGCGGUGGUGGUGUUGCCGACGGUGACGACGGAGGAGGAGGAGAAAGCCAUGGUGGUGGUCGGGCCGGCGACGGAGGAAACGACGGCGGAUCGGAGUAGUCAUAGUGUACAGGUGUAAGCAUCAAAUCAUAUAUAUGUAGAGAGGGAGAGUGGGAAAAGGAAGAAUCUGUGGAAAGCUCAAUUCGAAGAGAUAGAGACGAGGGAGAAGGGGGUAACUGUUGCUGGUUAUGUGUGAAUUGUGAAUGAGUUUACAACACACAGGGAAAGCUUUUUUCUAUGUGUGUUGAAAUUUUGAUCAUUUAACAAGAAAAGAAAAUUUGUCUAUCAAA